AUGAAGAAUGGACAGAGUCAUCCUUACUUGAAACUUCUGGAAAAGAGUGAGUGUGUGGUGCUGCCACUAUUGGUGAUGACUGUCCCUACUUGUCCUCUUCUGUCUGUUAUCAGGGAGCAGCUGAGGUCCCAUUACAGCCUCGGCUACCACGGUGACAACAGUAAUGAACAGCCACACAGCUUUUACCAUCUUUCCUACUAUGGCAGUGAUUCCACAUGGCAAGGAAACGGGCCCAGCCCUCUGCCUGUGUAUGAGAAUCCGGAACCCCUAGCUGGCUCCAGAGACCCAGACCUUCAUUUGAAUAUUGAAGAAUCAAACAAGGAAUUUAUGGCAGAAAGCAAAGAACUGUAUGACUCCCUCAUGAGCUGUCACUGUCUAACAUCCCCAGUGAGCCCCACCCCCACCCCCAAUGUGAAACAAGUGUUCACCGUGCCGUCCAGCUGA